CCCACUCACCCAAUCCCAAAGAGAAAAAAAAAAGCGUCUCCGAGCAACGGCGGGCUUUGGCGUCACUUCCGGCCAUUUAAACUCCUUUCUCCACCCUGCGUUUCCCCUCUUCUUCCCUCUCUCGCCCCCAGCCCCAGGGCUAAAGCGUUUUAGUUCGCUGGAGGGCGGUGGGGUCGGGCCAGAGCCAUCGCGCGGGGCCGGGGGAGGGGCGCUGCUCGGGGCACCUGCGCUCUGCGGGCGCACGGGGUCGGCCACAGGGCUGAGGGCUUGGGCUCUGAGCCCCGAGGCGGCGGCGGGCGGCAUGGCGGCAGCGGCGGAGCCCGUGAGCUCCGGCCAGCAGCAGCCGCCGGGUCAGGGGCAGCCCCCCCAGCCGCAACAGCCGCCGGCAGCGCCCCCAGGCGGUGGAGGCGGGAGCGGCGGCAGUAGCCGCCACGAGAAGAGCCUGGGGCUGCUCACUACCAAGUUCGUGUCGUUGCUGCAGGAGGCCAAGGACGGAGUCCUGGAUCUCAAGGCGGCUGCAGAUACUUUGGCUGUCAGGCAAAAAAGAAGAAUUUAUGAUAUUACCAAUGUUUUGGAAGGAAUUGAUUUAAUUGAAAAAAAGUCCAAAAAUAGUAUCCAGUGGAAAGGUGUAGGUGCUGGAUGUAAUACAAAGGAAGUUAUUGAUAGACUAAGAUAUCUCAAAGCAGAAAUUGAGGAUCUGGAGCUAAAAGAGAGAGAACUUGAUCAACAGAAAUUAUGGCUACAGCAAAGCAUCAAAAAUGUUAUGGAUGACUCCAUUAACAACAGAUUUUCUUACAUAACUCAUGAAGAUAUCUGUAAUUGUUUUAAUGGAGAUACACUUCUUGCAAUUCAAGCACCUUCUGGUACACAGCUAGAGGUACCUAUUCCUGAAAUGGGCCAGAAUGGACAAAAGAAAUAUCAGAUCAAUUUAAAGAGUCACUCAGGACCUAUUCACGUGCUCCUUAUUAAUAAAGAAUCCAGUUCCUCUAAGCCUGUGGUUUUUCCUGUUCCUCCACCUGAUGACCUCACACAACCUCCUCAAGUCUCUACUCCAGUGACUCCACAGAAACCUAAUACAGAGCCCCAGAAUCUGCCUGAACAACACACCCUUACCAGAAGUCAACAUCAGCAGACACCAGUUUCAGACACACCCUCAGGAUCUAUUAGUGGUGAUAUCAUUGAUGAAUUAAUGUCUUCAGAUGUGUUUCCUUUAUUACGGCUCUCUCCUACUCCUGCGGAUGACUACAACUUUAACCUGGAUGAGAACGAAGGAGUGUGUGAUCUCUUUGAUGUACAGAUACUAAAUUAUUAGAUUCCUUAAGAACUGUUUGGCCUAUUAUCUACCUCUAACUGUAUAACAUCCUAGACUUCUUCAUAACCUAAGUAUUUAAAAUAAUGAAUGUAACAACUUUGUAGUUCACUGACUCUGGGAGUAUUUUUCCUUUUGUUUAAUUAUUUACUUCACAAAACUGUACCCAAAAGAACAAAAGGGCUUUGAUCUCUUCAGGGCAAAAAGUGAUUUUGCAAGUUUUUGGUUUGUUUUUUUUUUCCUGAGAACAAAUUUAUGUUUAAAAAGAAAAAUUGUGGGGGGGGUGGGGCGGGUUAUAUUAUAAUAAUUCUGAUCCCAGGACCUUAGGUCCCUCAUGUGAGACAAGUUAAUACUAAGUAGCCUUUUUUAGGCAUUUCAAAAUAAAAGACCUAAGUCUCACCACUUAAAGUAUCAUUGUAUAACAUUACUGCCACCAGCUGUCCAUAUUUUUAUUUAUGUCCUUCUAGUCCAAUGAGUUUUCACUGCCAUUUGCAAAGUGAAGGAUAUAAAAUAACACAUGAAUUGUUUAGAUGAACAAAUUUUGUGAAGUGCCUUUCUGUUUUAGCACUUUAAGUUUUUCAUGUUUUGUGUUGACUUCUUGACAUUCCACUUUCCUAGAUUUUAGGAAAGCCUUUGUAGUUUGCAUUAAAAUGUGCCAAUGCCUGUACAUUAACAUUUUUAAAAAAUAAAACUAUACAAGCACCA